GGCGAGUCAAAACAAACUUUAUUUCCCUAUUCUCCAGCGACAUGGCAGAAAAGAGUAUUGUAUUGCACCUGUAAGAUGAAUUCGAAAAUGUGUUGACUCUACUGUCGUGCCACCCCGCACGGGUAGAAGCAGAAGCUCGGCUACGACUCGUGUCUGUGAUUUUGGCGACUUACGCUUGGUUGCGUUGGUUGAUUGCACCACCCGGAUCGUCUGACACUGAUUGCAGUCGAAGUUGUUCUGAAAGCGAACCAAACCAAACCGGGGCAUUGACUUGGCAAAAAGCAAGCGAAAAGCAGACUUGGCACCACAACGCCGGCCGACUUAUCUGUACCACCACCACCACCGCCACAGAAAGCUGCUCCAGCUAGUGCACCAUGGCUCCGUCGGCGCUGCAGCAGAGCCAGCCGUCGAAGAAGAACGGGAACAAAAAGGCCAAAAACGAUGACAACAAGGAGAAUGAGGACCCGGGCGUGGCGAACGUCAAGGGGGCCCCGGCGAAAAACCCCCCGACCGGGGUCGAGAAGCUCUUCGGCGAGAUCUUUGUGGAGACCAGCUCGGGCGACAUCGGGUUGCAGGUGAAGGACGGCCCCCUGCUGCGCUGCCACACAGUGGCGCUGGGUCGGGUCCCCGGGUUUCUCUCGCAGUUGCGGACGAAGCUGAAACCCCUUCCCCUGUACAUCGAGAAGCAACCCUUGAACACCAUGAACUGGCUCAAGAGAAAAGGGUUGAAACGGAUCGCGGAGCAGAUCCAGUUCGCGUCUUUCGCCGAAGAUCGGUACACGGAGGGGACCGACGUGGUCACCAAAGGCGGCUGGACCACGUGCGACACCAUGAGUGGCACCAGGUGCGGGUUCCAGAGGAAAGACCCGCUGCGGUUGGCAGAACGAUACGAGCUGUCCGAAGACGUCGAGCGGGCCGUGGAACUGCUCAGAUUUGUGUACUUUGUUUUACUGUUACUAAGUUUGUUGAGAAUUAUCAUCUUCGUCGAAGUGGCUUCCGGUACGACCAUCCAAGAACUACUUACAGAACGUAGAUACAAGUUUUGUACCGGGUCUGAAACUUUUUGCUGAUCUUAUAUAUCCGGUUCUAACGUGCCCGUGCGUGGUACUGAUACUUCGUCGGACAUUUUUUGUCACAGAUACCUGGACCAGAUCGAAUUUAUGUCGAUGAAGCCGGACACGGAGGAGGCCAAGAAGAAACUUUUGAACCAGAUGGUCGACAUGCUCUUUCUCGCAAACCGUUUUGCCGUAGACCAACUGUUCGCCCGGUUAAUGCGCUGGUUUCCCGCGCACUGUCGAGCGGUCUGUGGCGACGCCGCUUUCUGCGACGCGUACUACAAAAUACAGUACUACUGGCAAUACUCCGUGGAGGUAUAAUCUUUUGAGCAACCAAUCUUCGUUUUUUUUUUCAUUUUGAAAUGCGAAGUUCGUCAUUGUAUGCGAAGGAAUAUCAUUUUGCAUGGAAGUUCUAUCAUCGCGACACUGAAAAUCUCGCGUAGCUCUCCUGUGGCGCUUCUGCGAGGAGGAAAGGUGGAUAAAAGUACUCAAAAAAAAAUCGAAUCCUAAAUCCUACCAUAGGAACCGCUGUUCCGCAAUCUGAUGAAGCAAACGCUGGUUGGCAUGGGCUGCGUGCGCAUGAACUUCCAGCUGCUUUCCUGGGACGACCGCUGGACGAGUUUGCCCUACACGUUUCUCCAGCUCAUUCUCGACCACGACGACUUGGCCAUCACCUCGGAAGCGGAGCUGCUCGUGCUGAUAGAAAGGUGGAAUGUAUCCAAGACAAAAAACUGUGUUAGUGUAACUAUCUGUGGCUGACAGCAUCACAAAUUUGCUCUACGUGACUGAGUAAACCUGUCAUGCGUGGCUUGAAGGGGAAAACACACGCGAAAAGAGGGCGCUAUGGUUGUCUGGCAUGACAGGCGUAACUCUGUUGCAUCUUCUGCAUUACAAAGUUACACUUACACAGUUUUUUUCUUGCAUAGAACGCCAACCGGGACAAGGACCCGGAGGAGAUUUACGAAAUCUGCUGCUGCUAUGGAACUGUCAGGAUCGAGAUUGACAAAAUCGAAAAAUUUGUGAUGCGUAAAAUGUAUGACGCGCAAUACGUGUGUUGCAGAGCAGGCAAGUGAGGCCGAUUGUAAGCCUGUUUGGGGUUAUAGCUCGAGCUGCUAAAGCAGCGUGAGAGAAUCAGUCUUCUUUGCCUAAACAGCAUUGCAAACUGGAUUUAGGCACCGCCAGAAUUUGUCACGCGCAACUUAGAAACUGGGUUCGAACUGGAAUCCAUUUUAUGCAUGACAAAUCAUUUCGAUUUUGUCAAUUUCGACUCUGACACUUCCAUAGCUGCUACCGCCAGACGCCCGAGAACGUGGAGGCGCUGGUGUUUUUCCUUUCCAACCUGGGCAUGCUCGAGCAGAGUACCGCGACGGCGAAAAAGGAGAAAAAAGUGGACGAGUCCGCGUUCAGCAACAAGGAGGACGCCAUAAAGGCGGGCCAGUUGGCGAAACUCUUCGCGGUAUUGCCCAGGAGAAACACCAAGCCAAGAAGGGGCAAAACGGAAAAGAAAAAGAAAAGUACGUUGUACUAUACGACUACGAGGCUUGGUUUCGUAAGUCUAAAUUAAACUAAGGCAUGAUCAUGCUGUUUUCGAUAGUGUGUCAAUCAUGAAAGAUGCCGACCUCUGCGUCUUGGUGGACGCGACAGGAUAUUUGAAAUUGUCAUUUUUGAGAAGAAGUUCAACUGCAGCCCCGUAAUUUUUGGAAAAUAUACAAAAAACUUAAAACAACAAAGUCUUGUUUCCCCAUUACUUCCAAACAGAGCAAGAAUCCGGGCCGAAGGACGCAGUGGCAGAGGGUACCGCGGCCGCCACGGGGGAUCAGGACGACGACGCACCGGAACCAGUGGCGGACGAUUUGGCGGGGGCAUUUGCCGCGGUGGAGCAGAUAUGCAUUUCAAAUGUUUUGUCCGUGUCAUUUGGAAAGUUGUGAUGCUAACUUGAGCAUUCGGUAACUCGACGGCAGUAGGCAGAGUGAAAAGCAUGACGAAGAAGUUGAGCAUGGGUGUGCUCUGUCCAUGACCUCUACUACUGCCGCAAGAUGUAUUGCAGAGGUUGCAGUCAACAUCGCAUUUGCGCACUGCAAGGCUUGCGAUCAUCUUCCAGAGGACCCGGAUGGAUUUGCAGUGGAUCACGGAGUAACCAGGUCGUCGAAGUGGAAGUAGAGGACGAAGACCUCGGUACGGAAUUCGCGUUUUUUGUCAUGCGGAAACGUGUGUGAAGGGGUGAAAAAUGGUAUCGAUCCUAUAUUUCGACCAUAUUUUUUCAUAUACAUAUUGCAAUUUCUGUUGUGCUAAAGUGAAAAACUUCACACAUCAGACGCGUUUAUGGUGGUGAAGAAAGACCAAGAAACCGGGCAUUUUUUCGGCGGCCAGACAGGGCUGGGUUUCACGGUGGUUGCGGGAGAAACCAUGACACAGCUGUGCGCCAUUCGCGACCCGGGUCAAUACAGAAUACGAGUGGUAGAAAAAUUCGCAGACGUCUUGAUGUAGCCCUAGUAUUGCUGCACGGCAUGAUCGUGCUUUUUUGUAGUCGGGCGUCAUGCGCCGUUGCAUCCUCGUUGUGCAACAAAGACUCCUACUAGUACAAAUUUCCUCCUACUUGCUUCUCUCCUCGACUACUCAAAAAAAAAACCUCUUUUCAUCACAGGCAAUGUCGCAGAAGUUAGCGCAAUUGUGGCUGAGCAACCACACGUGCUUCGUCGGCGUCGUCUACAACGAGCACUGCUUCUGCGGCUAUCAGGUGCAAGCGUCCGACUUCCUGGGGAUUUACGAACUUCGCUGCAUGACGAGCGUGUCCGCGAAGCCGGAAAAGCCGGUUUUUCUCACCGGGUCGGGAACCAAAGUGGAUUUCGACCUGGACUUGACGGUGGACAUGAAGUUGGUCAACGGAGUCAUCGGCUGCAAGUUUCAAAUCAUGGCCAACAGCGUCAGCCUCACCAUGGACGAAAUACAGGUAAGAGAGGCACUUUUUGCUUCAUCUCCUGAAAGUAAAACUGUACAAGUACUAGGACGUUUAGCAUCAUGACGUAGGCGGUUUUUUUUGGUCUUCACAAUCCAAAUUGCAAAAUGACAAGGUUUCCAACAAGUGCAUGCAAGACGGCGGGUUGCGGUUCCAGAUCGUGCCCAUGGGACUCGAUCACAAGGAGCAGAUGGACAUCCGAAUCACGUGGAUCAUGGGGAACGGAAACCUCCGGAAAUAAGGACUACAACCCUUGCACAAUGGAGGAUCCGAGCCUACGUCUUGCGGAAACUUUUGAGACGCAAAAAGAACUCACGGAACCUUCGUCGCUGUCUACAAUAUCGAGCUAAAUUAAAAAUGGGCGUUGACUGUCGAAUUCGAAAUUAAUCUUGUAUCUUUCCAUCAUCAUCAUCCUUAAGCUGCUUAACGUCUAAACAUCAAUUAAAAAUAGCAAUUAUUCUCCUUGGCCGCCAGAGGAGGAAGGUAAGGGUGGCAAUAGAUUUACGUUCGGUCUUUACACCCAGAACUUUUGCACCAGCUCAAUGUAUUUCAUACGAGUACAAUGUCUUGGUCGACGUAACAAUAGAUACACCUUGAUACCGAAAUGUACCAAUUCAGUAGAUAAACCAAUGCUAUUGAUUCGGCGCUCGACGAUCGAACUUUGCAACUGUAAAAAACGUAGCUCUAACUCCGAAAUUGACAGAAUGGACGCACUUUUCCAAGUGUGGGCUGAGUACUGGCCCGAGGUCCGUUGUUUCCCCUUUGUAAAAAUUGUUUCGCAGGAGCACUGCCCUCACGGAAUUUGUAAUUCUCAGAACAAUUAUUGUCUCGCCUGAUGCUGCUGAGUUUCACCGGCACGCAACGCUCUGUGUAAAUUUUGACGCGGCAGACUCAGAACUUUUGUAAGAACUAGAAACAAAAUGAAAAUCAAAAGAUGUGACAUGACAGGUGUUGCUUCGUUUCGUGCUUCAGCA